AUGGAUACAUUCUGCUUACCAAAUCUUGAGAAGAUAGGACUGGAGUCAUGUUCAGAUUUGAAAAGUUUUUGCAUGGGAAGUAUUACUCUGCAAUGCCCAUCUUUGAAAAUGAUUGAAGUAGAUGAUUGUCCAAAGAUGUACGCAAUGGCAUGUACAAGGGAGAUCUGCGUGUAUUUAUCAUCACAAGCAUACAUGAUUCAUGCAAUUAGCACCGUGGCUGCAGAAGAAGUGAUCUUUACAGAUGAAGCGACAGCAGAAGAAGAGAUAACUGAGGCUUACUGGUUCACUAAACUAGAAGUACUAGAACUCAUUAGGCUUCCAAAAUUGGCGACAUUCUUCCAUGGAGAAAACUCCGAGACUGAUUCCCCAACCAUCUUCAACCAAAAGGUUGUGUUCCCUAACUUGAUCGAUUUGACCAUUCAAGGCAUUGGGAAGUGCAGAAAGAUAUGGCACGAUAAACCCACUAUGAAUUCAUUUAAAGAAUUGACCUUCCUCUGGGUGAAAGACUGUGAAAGACUUUCAAAUAUUUUACCUUUUCGAAUGGUGAAAAGACUUGAAAAGCUAGAAACUCUGGCAAUAGAUGAAUGUAAGUCGGUUGAAGAAAUAAUUGGACCUGAUGACGAUCACUUACGCAAUUCCAAUGAGUCACACGCAGUGACAUCCGCCCAAUCGGUCGAACUCAAAUCAAUCACCAUGUUUGUGUUUCCUAACAUAAGAGAGUUGUAUCUUCGAGUGCUACCCAAGUUGAAGGGUUUCUACUCCAAGGUGCAUACUACGGAAUUGCCAUCCUUAAAAAUAUUGGAGGUGAGUGACUGCAGCAAGGUAGAGAAUUUGGCUAGGGAGUAUAUCAACUUUGGAGAAACACAAGGAGAGAGCCAACCUCUAAUCUCUGUUCAAAAACUCCUGUUUUGGGUCACUGAGGUAACAGUUCACAAAACUAACUAAAUAAAAGCACAUAAACAUUUAUCUUCAA